CUCACAGCUGUCACAAUCGGAAAAACCUUGAUGGUUCGUCGAAGUCGACUGUCGAAUCGAAUGUCGAUCUUUCUUCAAUCUUUCAAAAUGGUGCGUUAUUCUCGCGGGUUUCUUUCUAAAUUAAAUGGAUUAUUGUGAAAAUGAAUUGAAAUUCUAAAUUCUCAAGUGCGUUCUACUCUUCCGGGUUCUCAUAAAUUGCAAGUGCGGUGUGUUACAUAGUUGCGUGAGCGUGAAGAAAUAUAUCAGCCUGCAGUACCUCAAUUAAUUUUCGCCUGUGAUGUUAAAAAUUGUUAUUUAAAGCUUCUUACUGGACUUAAGAUGGUUCCUGUCGGGCGGCUGUAGCGGGAGGAACAUGUCGCAGAGCGGCCUCAAGCAUGUCGCUACCGAGCCCACGCGCCUUGAGAGCAAGCGGGAGAGACGGCGCGGCGCUGCAGGUCGGGCGGCCGCGCUGCGCCGGGCGCCGUCGGAUUCGGACUGCUCCGGCGAGACGGCGUCCCUCUCCGCCGACAGCGGAGACCGCUCCGUGAGACCCGCGCCGCCGCCGCCGAGGAGCGGCAAGAGUAGAAGCCGUCGACGUGGCAGCGAAUGGGAAGUUCUAGAAGGGUUGAAGGAUGGCCAGCGAUUCGAGAAACGUCCAGAAGUCUUCAACGGGUACCUUCACAAAAAGCGCAAGUGGCCGCUAAAAGGAUGGCACAAGCGUUUCUUCGUAGUAGACGGCGGUAUACUAGUCUACGCUCGCUCCCCCACGGACGUGGCGCGAGGUCGGCUUCACGGCUCCGUGGACGUGGGGCUGUCCGUUAUAUCAGCGAAGGCGCGACGGCGGCGGAUAGACAUCGACGCGGACGAGUUUAUAUACCACUUGAGGGCCAAGACGCCGGACGUCUUCAGGACGUGGCUGAAUGUGUUGAAAGCUCAUAGGUUAUACAGACAGCAUUUGCUGACGUUUGGUGCCCGAGAAUCAGUUCCUAAAAUCCAUGCCCCACUUGAAGAUUUGCCCCCUACGGAUACAUCGUCACAUACUUCCGAUUUAAACAACUUAGAAAGCUCUUUGGAAAUCAUUCAAAAUCCUUGGGAAGUACCAGAGACGCUGGCCUAUCCAGUUUUCACUUUUCCUCCUAGGCUGCAUGACUUUACUCCCAAAUGUAAUUAUCUUCCCAACAUUAAUGAAGCACAAACCCCUAUAAAAGCUUGGAUUUAUAAUACUAAAGACAAUCAACUUAUUCCUAUGACGUACAACCCUUUUGAAGAUCAAUAUUUUACAAGCGAAACUCACAAAAGUUUGUGCUCAAUGAAUUAUGUCCAAGAAACAUACGAAGAAAUUGUAACCAAAAAUUUUGAAAAUAAAUCGCUGGACACAUCUCGUCGAACUACUGAUGCUGAAAAACAAAUACAUAGCACUGACUUAGAAUCCAAUUUUAAUUUGCCUGAUCAUAAGUCCUUUUUGUUGAGUGAAUAUUCUCUAAACUCUCCUGAUCGUAAGUUAUAUUCACUAACUAAUGUUAAUGAACAUACACUUAGAGAUAUGGAAUUUAAAAAUAUAAAAAAUAACAGUAUUAACGAGAAAGAAUCACAAGUAAUUGAAAAUACCCAAACAGUUUUAUUUUUCUGUCACAAAAAUCGAGCAAUAUGUAAUCCAAUUAUCAGAAAAAGCAAAAAGUCUACUAAUCUUGUCAAAUACAAGAAUUUACUAGAUGAACCACCUCUUGAUAAGCCAUUAAAUAAAUUUAUGAUAUUGGGAAAGUAUAAAGGGCCUAGAGCGAUUGACAUAGAAAAUAUAGGUGAAUAUGAAGCUCCAAUAAAACAUUUGAACAUUCAAGUUAAAGUACACAAUACGGAACACAAAGGACUGCAAAAUACAUUGGCUGCUUCAGAAUACGACGCUAUUGCAGAAAAACUUAUGGUUUCAAUUUUUGAAAACUUUAGAAGUAGUAGUGAAUUAAAUAGAAAUGUUACUAUAAAGACCUAUGUUAACCAAAUUGUAAAAGAGCUUUACGAUAUUAAAUUAGAACGCUCAAAUGUUCAUCCAGUUAAGAAUUUAUUUAGAUGUUUAUUAGAGUAUUGGUUAAAUAAUACUUCAUCUGCAGACUUCAAGCAAAUAAACAAAAUGACUAAAUCGAUAGAAAGACAGUCCAAUCAUUUUUUUGCCAAAGAUGAAACAACGUCUAAGUCCGUGAUAGCGAGCGUCACAAAAGCCGUUCAAUUUUAUGGCAUCAGUAACAUGAGCAAAGAAAAAGCGAAAAAAAGUGAUGAUAGAGACAUCAAAUAUAGAGUCAAAAAAUAUAAACUACCCUACAAAGUAAAUAACAGUUUCGAAGUAGAAAGACGCAUCCAAGAACUUGAAAGAAUUUUGAGAAACACCGUUUAUGUGUGUGAAACUGUGCGUAGCACCCACAAUAGAGAAGAUGACAUUAAAAUAACUAAAACACUUAUUGACAAUCUCGAUAAACUAUCUCAUGAAAAAACUGCAGAGCAAUCAAAUCAAGGAAAUCCUUUUCAAAAUUCUAAUUCCUCUAAUGAAUUACCAGAUAUGCAAGAAACAAUCGAUCAUCGCAUUAGUGAAACAUCUAUACCUCCUGAUUUUGCUAAAGAAUUUUUAGCUGCAUAUUUAGAUCUGCUACAUGAGAAUGAAAAUAAUCGUGAUAGUGAUUCAACUACAGAAGACGUUCAAAUAGAUAAAUGUGGACCCAAAAGUGACGUUCAAGCUGAAUCUAUACAAAAGAAAGUAUCAAUUAGCAUAUCUACAAAAAAUGUUAUGAAUGAAAAUAUUAAACAAAAUACAGAGCAGCUUAUUGACCCUGGCCAAUUAUAUUUGAAGAACUUUCUAGAUCAAAUAACUGCAACUUUUUCUAUAGAUGGCAAAAAUAAAACAAUUAAUCAAAAUCCCGUAAGUAAAAAUCCUCAUAUAGAACUAAAUAUUGAUGACUGCUAUGUAACUGAUUCUAAUAAAAUAUUUAAUUCAUAUCCAAUCGAUUCGUAUUCUGACAUUCAAAAUCCUUUCAUUGACAUUGAUAAUUACGGAACAAAUGGUAAGAGACAACUACAUCCAUAUAAAAGUAGCAUAGAUAGCUAUGAUGACAACAUUCGCUUUCACCAUAUCGAGCUGAAUCCAUCUUUAAGUGAUGGUACGUCUAAAGCGUAUCGUCCAGAUACACCUUUCAUAGAUACUAAAGCAUAUCAUGCAUUUAACGACGAUGUAAGUUUUGAGCAAGUAGAUCAAAAUACAAUGCAAAAUAACAGUAUAAUUGUUGAUGAAGGUCCUAAAUCAGUUUAUAUUAUGUGCUUAAAAAGAGCUGCUCUAACAUCUAACUUUGAGUCUAAGAGAAAUCAUAUAAAACGUAAUAGAAAUACAGCUCAUUCACCGGAAGAAGGGCCUAGUUGUUCUUCACCUAGAGAAUAUCAAGAAGAUAGACCCAUUUUGGAAAAGAUUCCUAAACUGAUAGAUGAACAAUUCAUCCUACAACUUUUAGGAAAUGUGUGUGCACUGUCUAAAAACUUGCCCACUUUACACAAAGAUAUCAAUAGUUUAUAUUUAAAAUUGUAUAGAAAACACGAGAAACUCCUUAUGAAUUGCAAAAAAGUUCAGGGUGUAGGCCUUUUAGGUAAAAUUUAUAAUGACGACACAAAUAUGAAGAAUACCGAAGACAACGAAACACAAUUUGUUGAAAGCAUCUGCCCUGUAAUGAUUGCAAAUGCAGUGAACAACACUACUAACACUAGUAGUUAUAUGAUUGAAAAGAAUGCCAAUGAUAUAGCUGUAAAGGAAUGUGCUGUAACAAAUAGACUUUUGGAUAAAUGCACACAAAUUGACUUCAGUCCAAAUAUUAAUGGCACAAAAUACACAGUAGAUUUACUGAAUAUGUUUUGUACAAACAGCACUCAAACAGACACAUUUUCUAGUCUGUGCAGCGACACAUUAAUUAAAACAAAAAAAAGGGCAACUUUGAACUGCAAACCUACCAGAGAUUGUGCAAUAGGCACAGAACCAGCAGUCAAAAGCUUUUUUGACAAAAUCAGUUCGAAAAGUUUCCGAUUCUGGAAUUCAGACAUCCAAGACAGAACAAAAAAAAUUAUAAAUUUUGACAAAGAGAUUAAAGCUGAUCCAAUCAAUAAAAAAGCUAAAAAGGAAAGGAAACCACCGCCAAAGGUUAGGGAGGAGUUGAUCAAAGAAAUCACUCUUCUGUCAUCAUCUUUCAAUAUGAACACUCAAUCUCAGACAGAUAUAAAACGGCGUUGGUUGAAAGAGAAGACCAGACAAGAUUACAAUGUAUAUCAAUUCUUCAUGGGUCAGAACUAUUACAAACCUAAAAGAUCUUAUUCAAUGCAAAACGCUACAUCUUCUCUUAAGCUAGAAGACAGUGACGAUCUUAAAACUAUAUUCAGAUGUUCCAGCGAACCUUCCUAUUGUUCCGGGCUCAUAAGCCCCGCGUCGCCGCUGCGCGGGCCGCAGGCGGGAUUCGUAUCUGGUACGCCGGGAGGACGACUAGCCGGAUGGAGUAUAGAAUCUGGCGGGCCUCUGGACAGCGUGUCGCGCGAGCUGGGGCAAGCGCAGCUGUCUCUGCAGCAACUGCAGGGGUAUCUUGACGCAUUGGAGCUGCAUCAGCAGACGCACCAUGAUACUGACGUAUCACUGGAAGGUGCGUCUCCAAACGUCAAGAAAGAUCGCCGCAAGUUCGGCCUGCGCAAGAAGAAGUCCAGCAACAAAUGUGCUUCCGCAGAACUGGCGCCGCCUCACAUGGACCCUUCCAACUCUCAUAUGGCUCUCUCCGCUCUAACAGCACCACCGUCCCCAGGGGGCGGGGCCUCAUCUAUCCCCGCCUCCGCAGCCUCGCUCCCUAUUGUGUUUCUAUCCAACUUUCUGGCCUCCACUUUAGUUCCAUGUGCAGCGACCAGACCUCAAUCGUUGCCGGGCGCGGAAGCCCUCAAUGCGCCCGCCAGCCUUUGUAGCCUGACUCCCGACCAACAGCUGAGGGAAGACUUCACAGUGCUCGCUAAAGACCUGGUCUGCAGUCUCAAGAAUGUUGUGGCCACACUGGUGCGGGAACGCGGGCGGGCGCGGGCGGAGUCGGAAGGCACUCCACUGCUGACCGCGCUACGCACAGAUCUCUCUUCCGCGUUACAGCAGAACUCCGUGUGUCACGCAGAGUUGCGCUCGCGCCUCACGCGCAUCCACGACGCGUCCGACCUCGCAGAGCUCUCCUCCAUGGGGCAUAACUCGCCACCGAAUCGUCCAUUCCAACACUCCCUAAGCUACAGUUCGUCGUGCGUGUCCGCUUCGGAGUUCUUCGACGCGGAAGAACACGAGGAGAACCACAAGCAGAACCAAAUCCUUGACGCUGAUGAGGCAGGCGUGAUAGAAUUAGAUGGGGACUCUACCUCCGAAGCUGGCUCUCUCAGCAGUGAAGAUGGUUCCGCGAGCUCAGACAACUCCGAUGCAGCGACGGUAACAGCAGAGCAGUCAACGCUGCGGCUGAACGAGCACGGGCCGCACUCGUGGGUGCGCCGCACGCGGCUGCCGCACCCGCGCCCGUCGCCCGGCGGGCCCAGCCUGUGGAACCUGCUCUACAAGAACAUCGGCAAGGAUCUCAGCCAGAUAUCCAUGCCCGUCACUAUCAACGAGCCGCUCAACAUGCUACAGAGGUUGUGCGAAGAGCUGGAAUACUCAGAAUUACUAGACGCGGCAGCCAAAAGUGUAGAUGCGGUGGAGCGAUGUGCGUUAGUGGCGGCGUUCGCGGUCAGUGCGUACGCGGCCGCGGCGAACCGCGCGGCGUCCAAGCCCUUCAAUCCGCUACUGGCUGAGACGUACGAGUGCGUGCGAGCCGACAGGGCGUUUAGAUUCAUUGCUGAACAGGUAUCUCAUCAUCCGCCCAUAUCGGCGUGUCACGCUGAAUCACCUCGCUGGGUGUUCUGGCAGGAGGCGCGCAUCAAAACUAAAUUCUGGGGCAAAUCCAUGGAGUUCCAGCCCGCGGGGCGCGUCCACGUCAAACUGUUGACCACGGGCGACCAUUACAGUUGGAACAAGGUGACGACCUGCGUGCACAACUUGUUCGGCGGCCAGCGCUGGGUGGACCAGUACGGCGACAUGCACAUCACGUGCCACGGAACCGACAUCGGAUGCAAGCUUAACUUUAUUAAGGCAAGUUCGUGGUCCAGCAGUAGACACGAGGUUCGCGGCGCGGUGACGGAAGGUGGAAGCGGCACUCGGUUGCGCUUGGCGGGGCGAUGGUCGGAGGCGCUAUAUGCCGGGGACCCACCCGCCGCCCGGUGUUUAUGGAGGCCUGGUGCGAUGCCUCCGGAACACGAGCUUUAUUAUGGUUUCACUCGGUUCGCGAUGGAGCUGAAUGAGAUGGAGCCCGGCAUGAGAGACGUGCUGCCACAUACUGAUACGAGACUCAGACCAGACCAGCGCGCGUUGGAAGAGGGGGACGUGGAGUCCGCGGAGCAGUUCAAGCAUCAGCUCGAGCAGUCGCAGCGAGAGAGGAGGCGGGACUGUCCCGAACACGCGCCCGCCUGGUUCCGGAGAGUUCUAGAAGGCAGUGAGGAGAUGUGGUCGUUCACGGGCGAGUACUGGAAGGCGCGAGAGGCCGGCUUCCCCGCUCUGCAGGCGCCGCGCCUGUGGUGACUGCGCCCCGUACUGCACCCAUUACCGCAGCGCGAGGUGCUCUGCUAGGUUGUGCUUCGCUUAGCGUUCUAGCUUUACAUUAAACCGUUCUAGCCUUCACUCCAUACUCGUUACGCACGCGAAACGUACGGCACUGCGAGAACUCAUUGGUAUACGUAUGUGAAAUUGGAAGGGUUCAAAUUCAUUUUUACGAAUUAAGUUUUCUUUUUAAAAAAAUAAUUUCUAGUUAAAACACCCUAAUUAUCAAAUGAAUUCAUUUUAUACCAUUUGGUAUACUAAAUAAUAUUAAUUUACAACUAUCAAAUUUUGUCGUAACCGACGUUUUAAGUCGCGUCGCGUUUCAAAAAUAUGUACAGAUGUUUCACGAAGACCGUUUGACAAAUGGCCGUAUUCACAAUCAUUACUAUGAGGUCUCACAGUGCGCUCGAACGCAUAGUGUAGGUU